ACCGGCACUGCCCGAUGCUCUCUCUCUCUCUCUCUCUCUCUCUCUCUCUCUCUCUCUCUCUCUCUCUCUCAUGGCGCACAGAGGAGGAGGAGGAGUAGAGGACAACCUGUUGACCGCCCCCGCCACCACCACCGUCCAUCACGAGCCUCCAUGUCCAAGUCCACCCCCCUGUCUCCGCUCUCACGCUAGCUCUCUUCUUAUAAACCCGCCGGCACAUGGUUGUGGCCGGCAUUGCGCGCAUACCACCUUCCCGACCUCGAUCGAGCUCCUCCUCCUCCUGAAUUCAUCGCGCAACCGUACGUACUCUAGCUACUCAUCACCGCCUAAUCAAGCUCGCCGGCUUCUGCUGCAAUGGCGGCAACGACUCUCCGGCUGAUGCUCAACAUCUCCUUCCUCCUCUUUCUGGGCUCGCUCCUCCCGGCUGCAUUGUCCACGACGUUCACGCUGACCAACUCCUGCGCCUACACGGUGUGGCCGGGCCUGCUGUCCGGCUCGGGCACGCCGGCGCUACCCACAACGGGCUUCGCGCUGGCGCCGGGGGAGUCGCGCGCGGUGGAGGCGCCGUCGGCGUGGUCGGGCCGCAUGUGGGGGCGCACCCUCUGCGGCACGGGCGCCGACGGGCGGUUCGCCUGCGCCACCUGCGACUGCGGCUCGGGCGCCGUGGAGUGCGCCGGCGGGGGCGCCGCUCCCCCCUGCUCGCUCGCGGAGUUCACCCUCGACGGCUCCGGCAGCAAAGACUUCUACGACGUGAGCCUCGUGGACGGCUCCAACAUCCCCAUGGCCGUGCUCCCUCAGGGCGGCGGCGGAGAGGGGUGCGGCGCCACGGGGUGCCUGGCGGACCUGAACGGGCCGUGCCCUGCGGACCUGCGGGUGGCCGGGCCCGACGGCGCCGGCAUCGCGUGCAAGAGCGCGUGCGAGGCGUUCGGGCGGCCCGAGGACUGCUGCAGCGGCGCGUUCGCCGGCGGGCCCGAGGCGUGCCGCCCGUCGGCCUACUCCAUGUUCUUCAAGAACGCGUGCCCGCGCGCAUACAGCUACGCCUACGACGACGCCACCUCCACCUUCACCUGCACCUCCGGCACCGCCUCCUACCUCGUCGUCUUCUGCCCCGCCGCCAUGUCCAGCCUCAAGUCGUCCGUCGUCACCACGAGCGCCUCGCCGCCGGCGCUGCCCCACGUCAACGACACCGUCUCCUACCUGGGCCGGAGCCGCGACGCCGGCAGCGGCAGCGGCAGCGGCAGCGGGUGGCAGUACGCGCCGAGCUCGAGCCACGCGUCGUCGCCGGCGCCGAGCGCCUUCGCAGUCGCAGCACUCGCCGCGUUCGCGUGGCUCUGCGGCAGCAGCGCCGGGCGCCACUGGCCGCUUCUGUCUCCGUGCUAGCCAGCUAGCGUAGCGCCAUGCAUGCCAGCACACGGCACGGCACCGCCCGGCGAGGUGCAUGCAAUGCAACGCAAGAGCCAUGUGCGGAUGGAGCCGGCAGUUUGACCUCGCCUCCGGCCGUAGUAUCACCUCACCUGUAUAGAUUAUUGUAGCGAGUCUGGUUUAGCAAGCAAGCAAGGCGGUGGAGAAAAGUUUUGAAUCGAGCCUCCACCCAGAUCGCAGCAACCAGCUUGGCAUUGUACUACUUUUUUACUAGGAGUAUCAGAUUGGAGAAGAGAGGGGAACAUAGGCCAGGUGGGCGUGGUCGAUGGGGCAUGGGGCGACGUGUGAAUAUAUGCAGGUGGGCCGGUGCCUCCAUCACAUCACAUGGUCGACCAUGAGCUCUGCCGCACACUGCAGAACCCAGAUGCGGGCGACGUUCCCCAUCUCGAGACAGACGUGACAUGAUCGGGGUCACGAGGGAUCAGUGCAAAGGUGGCCGACCUUGUUGCUUACUGCUUGUCCGUCAGGUCAGGUCAGGUCAGGUCAGGUGGUGCCAAAUUGCCAGUUAGCACGCGCAGCUGCACUGUGGGAGUUUCAGUCGCGCAUGUGUCUACUUGCCCAUAAAAGCCAUAUGUGUCCUCCCGGCUCUAGCUAGAUAGAUUCUGGUGAAUCUUGGCCCAAAGUUGCAAGUUGCUCCGCCUUUUUUUCGUACGCAUCUUCUUCUUCUUUUGAUCUUCUGUUUUGUAAUCCAAGAUCCUAUAUGUUUUGAUUAGAUUCUUGUGGAGCCCCUUGUCGGCUCCAAAUGUGGCGCA